CAUUUAUUGUACCAAAGCAAGUGACCCUCGUUCUAAUUCAUAGGCUUAGCUCUCUCCAUAUAUUGACUCUUUCUAUGUCGCAAUAUGUCUCCAUUAAUAAACUCUCCCUCUCUUUCUCCGUCUUCUCACAUUUCCACAACAAAGCUCUCCAUUUUUCAACAAAGAAUAUCAAAUUUUGUCCUUGUAGUGGUGGAAUCAUCAAGUAAUUAAUGGGAGAAGAGAACAGCACGAGCGGGACAUGCAAGCCGUCCAAGACAUUCAAGGCGAAGUGUAGCCACAUGGUGAGGAAACAGCGAGCCAAGUUUUACAUCCUUGGCCGUUGUCUUGCCAUGUUAGUCUGCGGGCGUGGCCGUGACCGCGAGCGUGACCGUAUAUUGAUUUAGAUCUUUACCUUAUGUUUUGUUUUCUCUUCUUGUAUUUUUCCAACUUUUUGGGUUGGGUCGCCGUUUUUCAUUUUUCCCUCUAGUAUCAAACUUUUGAACUAGGGUUGAUAUUUAAGUUAUAUACACAUGAAUAUAUGAUAUUGAUGUGAAUGCAUUCUUGAAAUGCUUAGUUAAUUUAAGAUUUAUCUCUCUCUUUUGAAAGCUUAGAAUGGUCUUUCUUAAAAACAUGUUUUAGUUGUCAAGUACUAACCUCUUCUUUUUGUAAACCACUGGCCCUGGAAAUAUCGUCAAUUUUACUUGGAAUACAUAGGUUAUUCAAAAUUAAUUGUAAAUUCAGAAUUACUCAGACAUGCAUUAAUCCUU